AUGGCUGCUAUUCCUGCUCAGAUCCCUGAUGAGUUCGGUCCUGGUCCCAUUAAGGAUUCAGUGUUAAGGUUUCUAAAAGAUCAUCGAUCGUGUGCUGUUUGGGAAGGCAAGGAUCCGGGGGCACUGAAAUGCCUUGGUCAUAAUGACGAGUUGCGAAAACGACGCUCAAUAGUAGUGGAUGAUCGCAUCCUCGACAUUGUCAAGAGAGUUGGAUUAGAGGGGCUGUAUAGGACCCCAUGUAGAGAGAUUGAUCAUAACUUGAUAACGGCCUUCGUUGAGCGAUGGUGGCUUGAAACCCACACCUUCCACCUGUCACAUGGUGAGACAACGAUCACAUUACAAGAUGUGGACGUUCUUUUGGGGAUUCCAAUCGAUGGUGAGGCAAUUGUUGGAAAAAAUGACUUGACAUGGGCUGCUAAAUGUCAGAGUCUACUUGGAAUUGCUACUAAUGCUGUGGUGCUUAAAGAACAAAGGAUCCUAAUUAACAAGCUACUAGAAAAAUUCGACCAAGGGCUGCCCAAUGGUGCAGUAGAGGUGGUUGUGCAUCAAUAUGCACAGUGUUAUACUCUAGCACUCCUGGCAGACACAAUUUUCGCCGACAAGUCUAGCGAUAGGGUGCAUACGAUAUGGUUGCAGAUGUUGAGGAACUUUCGCAAUCCACCUCAGUACAGUUGGGGGAGCGCUUGCCUUGCAUGGAAGGACCUCCCACCAGAUGAUGCAUAUGGCCCACCAUUUGCACCUUCUCCACUGUCCAUUAAGACUGUGUGGGUCAUGAGCACAAAAAAUAGCCCCCAAGAAAUCUGUCUGGUCCAGUAUCGUCAGCUUUUAGAUUCUAUGCAUCCCAAGCAGGUGGUGUGGCAACCAUAUGAAGCUGAAUUAGCCCACCUGCCUGCGUUCUGUGUCGCAAGAAGGGACGUAUGGACGGCGAGGGUGCCGCUUGUUGCCAGUCACAAACAGUUGUUGAUGUGUCAUGCAGUAGGUAGUCCUGAGUACAAGCAGAUUACAGCUGUACUUAAGGUAGUGGAACGCCUUCGCCGUAUAACUGCCCAACUUCCCUUGGAAGAGACUGAUGGGGCAAAUCAAGAAGCGCUAAAAGAUAUUGGAUGA